AUGCGGCAGUCACUUCUUUGGCUUACCUUUGGGUCCCUCGUCAAUGAGGUGUUGUCCAGACCAACGAACCACACUCCCGAUACUGUCAAGGUACAUUGGGUCGGCGAACGUCCCGAGUAUACCUCGGGGACGACUUUCGGACUCCCAUGGCCGCAGGGGAAAUACAAGUUCAACGACACUCUGUUCAGCAUCGUUGGAAAACCAAGUGAACAGAUCCCACUGCAGUCUUGGGUGACCGGUUACUGGCGCGACGGCUCUAUCAAAUGGACUGGGCAUGCUAUUCCACCGCUUGAUAAUGUCAGCUCAGAGUAUACUAUCAGGGCUUCAUCAUUCGCACAAAGCAAGCAUACAACCAACUCAAGUACUUCGACUGGUGUGAAAGUUGCCGAUACAGCGGACGAAGUCAGUGUUGACACUGGCAGAAUCGCAGUCUCCUUUCCUAAGCAAGGAAACUCGAUAAUAGGCUCUAUUAGGACUUCUAGUGGACAGGUCGUCGGUGAAAAUGGAAAAUUGGUUCUCCACUCCCAAUCGGGAGUUGCGGAGGACGUUGCGGCCCGGACCAACACUUCUAUCGAUUACUUUAACUUCGACAGCAAUAUCCAGCAGGUUUCUGUAAAUAACGACACUUCUGUCCGUGCUGUGGUCACUGUCAAAGGAAAGCACAAGGUCACAAGUGGAGGCGACCACGACGACUGGCUUCAAUUCACCUUGCGCUUUUAUCUAUACACCAACUCGGAUUCCAUCAGGAUCGUCCACAGCAUUGUGUUUGACGGAAAGGCGGACAGUGACUUUGUCAGUGGGUUGGGAAUUCAGUUUGGUGUUCCCUUGGCCGGCGAAGAAUUAUACAAUCGUCAUAUCAGACUACCAGGAGUCAACGGGGGUUUUCUUCAUGAGGCUGUCCAAGGUAUCACGGGUCUGCGGCGCGACCCAGGCGAAGAAUACAUCCCUGCGUGGAACGACUACAAACUGAGCCAAUUAUCCCCCGACGGCUUCACUAUAAAAAAACGAACAAAGCCCGGACAAGGAUGGAUUGAUAUUCCCGGGGGAACGCGCUCUCACGGGCUUACUUAUCUGGGUGGUGCCACCAAAGGUGGAUUAGCAGUUGGUCUGCGUGACUUCUGGAAGAGAUAUCCCACUAGCAUCGACAUCUCAAGCGCCGCAUCCGAUCAAGGAUCUCUCACAAUCUGGUUAUACAGUCCUGAAGCCGUUCCCCUAGAUCUCAGAGCAUACCAUGAUGAGUCGGGAGAAGACACAUACGCCAAGCAGCUGGAAGCACUAGAGAUCACCUAUGAAGACUACGAGCCCGGUUUUAACACGCCAUACGGAAUAGCAAGGACUAGCGAGAUCUUUCUAUAUGCAUUCGAUCAGACUCCCUCCGCUGAUACGCUAGCAAAGUUAAGCAAGCACGCCAAUGAACCACCCGUCCUAGCAGCAGAACCACGGUACAUCCGAGAGACGAAGGCAAUCGGAUCUUACUGGUCCGUCCCUGACGUCUCCGAAAAUAGCAACAACAACAGCAAGUCCGCGGCACUCGAGAGCCAUCUCGACUUCCUGGUAAAAUUCUACCAAGGGCAAGUCGACUAUCGUCGAUGGUACGGCUUCCUGAAUUACGGCGAUUUCAUGCACACCUACGACGAGGAUAGACAUAUUUGGCGAUACGAUAUUGGCGGAUAUGCCUGGGACAACUCGGAGCUGUCUCCCGACCUCUUUCUCUGGCAGUAUUUUCUGCGGAGCGGCCGCGCGGAUGUCUACCGGCUCGCAGAGGCGCUGACACGCCACACCGGUGAAGUAGACGUUUACCAUAUUGGCGACUGGAAGGGCUUAGGAACCCGACACGGAGUGCAGCAUUUUGGCGACAGCGCGAAGCAGGUUCGUAUUGCUCAGCCCCAGUACCGGAAGUACUUCUACUAUUUAUCCGGGGGCGAUGAGCGAGUCGGGGAGCUACUGGAUGAGGCUCUAGAUACGGAUAAAACAUACGGCACCUUGGAUCCACAGAGGAAAGUCCGCGAUGAUGGCUGGAUCCCCGAGCCCAAUAAACCCACUGCCAUAUCUCUCGGUACUGACUGGGCCGGUCUUGCGGCUGGCUGGCUUCUUGAAUGGGAGCGCCGCGGGCCUCGGUGGUUGGAAGCGAAAAGAAAGUUGACCGGUACUGGGGGAGGCAUCGCAAACCUGAAGAAUGGCUUCGUCACAGGGUCAGGCCUAUACGCUAUUACCAAUGGCACGUUGCUUCCCCCGCCAAGUGAUCCGAAUAACACGGGCAUUGUGUCCAUCUCCCAUUUGAAUGCGGUGUUUGGCUUGCCGGAGGUACUUUCAGAGUUGCUCGAGUACUGGGGUGGUGAUGCUCCUCAGGGUCUACGAAGCGCCUGGCUGGAUUAUUGCUAUUAUUACGGUGCAACAGCAGAUGAACAAAAAGCGCGCUAUGGGGAGGCGUUCACUAAGACUACAUUGGUACAAGGCCACUCGCGGUUGACAGCGUAUUACGCGCAGCAAGACAACAACAAUUCAACUGUGGCACAACGCGCAUGGGACGAAUUCUACGGUGAUAUCGAUGGCUCUGACGGUCUGACGGAGGAUGAUCCAUGGGUUGCGGUGAAGGUAAACGGCAGCGCUGUGCUGAUUCCUAUUGAGGAGGCUACAUGGAUAUCCACAAACGCCGUUGCUCAGUAUGGGCUGGCUGCCAUUCAGGACUUGGCUCUUGUAGGAGACGUGAAUAACUAG